CACCAGAUCGCCAACUGUUACAGUUACCGGUCAUUAGACGUCGAAGGCCGCUGGAAGGCAAUGAGGCAGAAGAAUCUGUGCAGACUGUGCUUGAUACCGCAUCGUAAAUGGCCAUGCCGGUCAAAAAAGGAAUGCGGAGUGGACGGUUGCCGUAUUCGACACCAUAUGCUGCUUCACAGUAAUCGCAACGGUGCUGCCGACGGUACCAAAUCUACCGAAACUGUUCACCAGUAUCAUCAUCACAUGAAAUCCUUUUCCCUGUUCCGUUAUCUGCCAGUCACGCUCUAUGGAAACGGAAAACAAGUCGAAACAUUUGUAUUUUUGGAUGAUGGAUCGUCUUCAACGUUGCUAGAAGAAGGAAUCGCAUCACUGUUGGGUAUCGAAGGUGAACCAGACAACCUGUUGUUGAGCUGGACAGGAAAGAUCAGUCGGCAUGAGAAGACAUCCAGGCGGUUAAGUGUGAACGUAUCCGGGGCUGGUAAGAAGGAAAUGUUCCAGUUAGGUAAUGUGCGAACGGUUCGGGAGCUGGGACUCCCAAGUCAAACGUUGGAUUACGUGGAGCUUUGUAGUACGUUCCCGCAUCUGCGAGGACUUCCAGUGGCCAGUUAUAUCGAUGCCAGGCCAGGCAUGAUUAUAGGUCUAGAGCACGUUCAGCUUCUCACAAGCUUGAAGACUCGUGAAGGUACCGGCAGUGAACCAGUCGCAACAAAAACUCGAUUAGGAUGGUGCGUGUAUGGAAGGAACUCGGGAAACGAAGGGUCCUUCGAACAACUGCAUGUCCACGCUUGCAGUGAGAUGAGCAAUUGCGACCUUCAUGACUCUAUGCGAAAGUUUUUCGCAGUGGAGGAGGCUGUAGUGACGAAGCAACUAGAAGCCGAAGAGGACAAGCGGGCACGCAGUAUUCUAGAAGCAACAACGGUGAGACGAGGAGCUCGUAUGGAGACGGGUUUACUCUGGCGGCAUGACGAUGUAAAAUUUCCGGAUAGUUUUCCAAUGGCAAUGAGUAGGUUGAAGGGCUUGGAGAAACGAUUGGCCAAGGAUCCUGAGCUGCGUAGAAGAGUCAACGAACAAAUCAAUAGUUACGAACAGAAGCAGUACGUGCGCAAAGUGCCACCAGAAGUACUAAGAAACAUCAGUCGACAGCGAAUGUGGUAUCUUCCGUUAGGUGUCGUAACGAAUCCCAAGAAACCGAACAAGAUCAGAAUGGUGUGGGAUGCUGCUGCGAAGGCUGGCGGAGUGUCGUUUAAUGACAUGCUACUGAAGGGUCCGGAUCUCCUCGUAUCUUUGGUGGAAGUCUUGUUACGAUUCCGGGAAGGGAAGAUUGCGGUGUGCUCUGACAUUCGCGAAAUGUUCCUGAGGAUCCUCAUUCGAGAGGAAGAUAAAUGGUCACAGUGCUUUCUAUGGAGAGACAGUCCAGACGCUGAAAUCCAGGUUUACGUGAUCAACGUUGCGAUGUUUGGUGCAACCAGUUCGCCGUGUACGGCGCAGUUUGUUAAGAACAGAAAUGCCUCCGACUACCUGGAAUUAUAUCCUCGAGCAGUAGAGGCGAUCAUCAAAAACCACUACGUGGAUGAUUUUCUAGAUAGUGUCAAUUCGGUGGAAGAAGCUGUGCAGCUUGUCAAACAAGUGCAGUUGGUCCAUGCAGCCGCAGGCUUCGAGUUUGGAAAAAUUUCAUCCAAUUCGCAGGAGGUGCUUGAUCUUCUAGGGGAGACUGGAUCGCCAACCAACAAGUUGCUCAACCUAGAAAAGGAUAGAGUCUAUGAGCGUAUCUUAGGAGUUGUGUGGGUUCCUGCAGUGGAUCACUUCACCUUCGAACAGACAGGGUUGGAUGGAAUCAUGGGUGAAAAUAGAGCAGUUCCAACAAAGAGACAAGUUCUACGUACCGUGAUGAAAUUGUACGAUCCAUUAGGCUUCGUGGCACACUUUGUGGUGCAGGGCAAAAUACUUAUGCAGGAGAUCUGGCGAACGGGUACCAACUGGGACGAGCCCAUUGCACAACAACUACAUGAUCUAUGGAGUAGAUGGAUUGCACUGUAUGCGGCUAUCAACGAAGUGAAAAUUCCUCGUUGCUUCUUCGGAAAUCUUCGACCACAGGAGGUUGACGAAAUUGAAAUCCACGUCUUCACGGAUGCAAGCGUAGUGGCAUGUGCGUGCGUAGCUUAUCUUAGAAUAUCGUCCACCAGGGGGAACUUGUGUUCGUUGGUAGCAGCAAAAACAAAGGUGUCACCACUUCGAACGCUCUCAAUACCUCGUUUGGAGCUUCAAGCUGCCAUGAUGGGAUCACGUUUGUUGCAAAAUGUUUGUUCAGCACUCACCCUUGAUAUUCGGAAGCGCUUUCUGUGGACGGACUCGGCAACAGUUCUGGCAUGGCUUCGCUCGGAUAGUCGCCGAUAUCACCAGUUUGUUUCAUUUCGGGUAGGGGAGAUUCUUUCGCUCACCAGCGUGGAUGAAUGGUACUAUGUACCAUCGAAGUACAACGUGGCAGACGAUGCCACUAAGUGGAAUUCGGGACCAUCGUUUGAUCCAGGAAGCCGUUGGUUCGAAGGUCCACAAUUUUUACGAGAACCGAAAGAAAUGUGGCCUAGGCAGUCAGUAGUUGUGAAUGGAGCGGAUGCAGCAAGCGAAGAACUUCGAGUGGUAGCGGUACACCAAACAACUGAAGAAAUCAUCAACGUCGAACGCUUUUCAAAGUGGAAUCGCUUAGUCCGAACUUUGGCUUAUGUUUACCUGGCCGUGAGAAUCUGGAGAAGAACCCUCGGCGAAAGAGAUGCACGGCACGUUCUGAAUCAGGAUGAUUUUGUGAAGGCAAAAGACACGCUUUGGCGCCAGGCACAGGCACAGGGUUAUUCGGAGGAGUUUCAUAGGCUGAAAAGCGAACGCGGCAUUGAAAAGGGAAGUCCGUUGCAGUCGUUGGCUCCAUUUUUGGAUGAACGCGGAGUCAUUCGGGUAGGAGGUCGAAUCGGGAACGCCCCGACCAUCCCCUUCGCAGUGAAAUAUCCCAUAGUACUACCUAGAGAACAUCGUAUCACCUUGCUUUUGGGUCAUUCUUUCCACGAACGGUUCCUGCAUGCCAACGGGGAAGCAGUCUGCAAUGAAAUAAGACAGAAGUUUUAUAUACCAAAACUUCGAGUUCUCGUACGGAAAGUCAGCCGAAGUUGUCAGCACUGCAAGGUGAAAAAAGCGACUCCCGUUCCUCCGCUGAUGGGCCCGCUACCGAAGGUACGUCUAACACCAUUCAUCCGACCGUUUACUUACGUUGGUGUUGAUUACAUGGGUCCGUUCGAAGUCAAAGUCGGCCGCAGUGUUGUGAAAAGGUGGAUUUGCUUAUUCACCUGCCUCACAAUACGGGCUAUUCAUCUGGAGUUGGCCCACAGUCUCUCAUCAAACGCGUGCGUGAUGGCUUUCCGGAGAUUUGUUGCCAGACGUGGUGCUCCACUAGAAGUGUUCUCCGACAAUGGCACGAAUUUUGUGGGAGCCAAUCGUCAGUUGUCAGAGGAGAAGCAGAAAAUACAAAACAUCGUUGAGGACUGUGCCACCACAUUCACCAACGCGAAUACCCAGUGGCACUUCAACGUUCCAGCAGCUCCACACAUGGGAGGACCGUGGGAGCGUAUGGUCAAGUCCGUGAAAGUGGCGAUGAAAGCAAUAUCGGGAAGUCCACGACAUCCAAGUGAUGAGGUGUUGGAAACGAUAAUGUUGGAGGCUGAAGCGAUUAUUAACUCGCGACCGUUGACCUACGUUCCCCUGGAUAUGGAAGACGAUGAGGCACUCACGCCAAAUCACUUUUUGCUGUGUGGAUCAACCGGCAUCAAGCAACCAGUCGCCAAUCCUGUGAGUGGAAACAUCCUUCGUGACAGCUGGAAGCUGGCGCAGCAUAUUGUGGAUGACUUUUGGCGUAGAUGGGUACGGGAGUAUCUCCCAAUGUUGACACGACGCACGAAGUGGUUCGAAGCCGUGAAGCCGAUGAAACCUGGCGAUCUGGUCGUGAUAGUCGACGAAAACACGAGGAAUAGCUGGGAGCGAGGACGCGUACUGGAAACCUUUCCAGACAAAUCUGGGCAGGUGAGACGGGCUACCGUUCAGACAGCUAGAGGAGUCUUCGCCAGACCUGCGGUUAAAUUAGCGGUUCUAGAUGUAGAAGGUAACUACAAGAAGUCGGACGUAUAUGAUUCGGGAACGGAAAUGGUUCACGGGGCGGGGGAUGUCGCCGAUACCCCUCGUUGCGGCGAAAAGGUGGUGAACCGAUUAGCCGAACCCUCACGAGCGAAACGACAUUGUCGGGCGAAGUGAACGGUAUGACGUAUAGAUGUAAACAACAAAAACAAUUGCACCAGUGAAUUAGCGUUUGCAUCAAGUUCUUUGAGUAAAAUUAAACAAGUGGAAAAAGUAUUUAUAUCGGAGUUAAAAGAGUAGAUAGAUAUUUAGAAUUUGUGAGUAAAUAUUGUAGUGUAGUGCUACGUAGUAAGUGGAAAAUUACUGAAUUCGAGAUCAAUCUGGAAUCGUCCAUCCAGGAUUAAACGAACCUGUAAAAAGAACAGAAGAAAACUGAAAUCUUUGAAGCUGCUAAGUCAGCUGCUACGAA